AUCUAGUGUUGUUGAGCAAAUUUCAAUUGUUUGUUUUUCCCAUUCUUUUCAAAUCCAUUUGUAACCAACUUCAGGUCUUCCUGUUAUCAUCUGGGAAUACUUGAAACUUUUCUACUUGACCGUUCAUUUUGAAUAUAAUAUUGGCAACAUAUUAUUGAAAUCUACAUUUUAUUCAUCAUACCCACACUUUCGCAAUUUAUUCCAUCUGACAAGCUCUUCCCACAAUAAAAUUUCCAAGCUCUAUGGGUAUAGCUCAAGCCCUUUAAAGUUGUAUCUUUUUUUUGGGAGUGAGCAUAAUGAGCCCAAUUGAGCCUAGUCUUUGCACUUCAUGAAAACCUUUGUUGCAAGCUACUGGUGAAAGUUUGUGGUGAACCAAACACUCACAUAAUUGAAAUAAUUAUAAUCGUUUUGUUUUCAUGGUUACCUUAGAGCCUACCCAAAGCAAGAACGAUUCGAAUAUAUCUCUUGGAGUCCCAAAUUCAGUUCCUAUAAAAGUUAAAACGGUUAGAUCAACUCUAUAUUUUCUCGCAUGAGACCCUCAUGGGAAGCAAGACAUUGAUCACUGCAGAAAAAAAAAAUAUGUGAUACGCCACGAAGAAAUCGCUCUAGAGCCUAACCUGAGUUACGAAGAACAACCGGUAGAAAUACUAGAUCGAAAGGUGCAGCAGCUCCGGAACAAGUCGAUUACUACAGCGAAGGUUUUGUGGAAAAACCACGGACAAGAAGAAGACUUAGUUUUUACAUAGGUUUCUUUAAUUGGGCUUCAGUUUUGGGCUGGUAUUUUUUUUUUUUUUUUACUUGAGCUAAUGAAUUAAAUGGUUUUGGGCCAUUAAUAUAAUUUGAAUUAGGCUAUGCAAAAAUAAAUCCGAGCCCAGCUCCUUCAAAUUAAUUUGGGAUUUCAAUACAUAGUGAGUGUGAGGCCAAUUUUCAAAUUUAAUUAAUUUUUGGGCUUAAAUCAAAAUGGCUUUUAAAUGGAGGGAAGCCCAAUUUCGUUUUUGACUUAUAUGUUGGGCUAAAAGAAAUAGAAGAGGGUCUUCAUCUAGUAGAGAAUAAUAUUUUUUUUAUGUGAAAAUUUUUGAAAAAAGUGUGAGUUUUGAAGAAAAUAUUUGUUUUGAAAGUAGAUGUGAAAUGUGAAAGGAUUGUGUUUUGGGAAGGUAAAUAUUGUGUAUUAUAAUUGUUAUUUGAAGUAUGAAUGACUUUAUUUGUGAUAUUUGCUGAUCUAUGAGGUGGUGAAAUGUGUUGUGAACUUAGAGUGCCUAAGACUAAGCUAGAUGGAAUGUGCGCGAACCAUAGUUGUAAGUUGACAAUUUAUCUAUCGCUUUCCCGAGCGAAGAAAACGAACGAGAAAGGGGAGAGGGGCGAAAUUCCUAGAUUAUCGAGAUAUGAGACGAGAGGAUCGAGAUAGAGAAUGGAGGCCAAUGGACAACGAAACUUUUUCUAUUCUUGGAAUGGCGCGAAACGUUGGAGCAAGCUUGAUGUGUGAACUAUUUUACUAUUUCCUACGUUUUCCCUGAACGACAAGAACAAAAAGAAUACGAGGAAGAUUCCAAGAGGUGGAAGAUAGCUAAGACGAAAUUAAGUUCAAACGCAAAAGAGGAUGCAAGACAAGGAGGGAUAAUGCGAAGUGCGCAAUUUAAUAUAGUCUAAUCUCGCGUAAUUUAUUAAAAGUGGCAGCGAUGUGACUUUCAAUUACAAUGUCAAUUAAACGACAUGAGGAAGCUGCUUGGAAGACAAGAUAAUGGAGAAAUGUUAUUUUCGAAGGAGGUAAGCAAAUUUCGGGACGAAAUUUUUGUUAAGAUGGGUAGAUUGUAACAACCUGAAAAAAAAAAAGAAUUAAAAUAAUCUAACUUGGUCACCAAGUUAGUAAAUUAAUAUAAUUAAAAAUUCUAAGAUUUUUCCUCCAAAUCACCCUCCCUCUAUAUUAUCCCCUUCCCAAAACCGUUCCUUCCUAUUUCUGCAACAAGAAAACCACGGCUAUUCUGCUCAACUUCAAUUCAGGAAAUCGAAGUCCUUUCAGCUUCAAGAACCUUCCUUUUCAGCCUUGUGAACUCCACAACUAAGUCCUACGGAGGCUAUCUUCGUGAGUUAAGGGUGGAGUCAGGAAAAUUCAAGUUAAAGAAACUAAACGAACAAGGUUGAGCAGCGAAGUGGUGGAGGAAGUGCUAUUGAGACAAGACAUUUAAUUCAGUCAGAUUUUGACUCUCGGAGCAUGGCCCAGCCGCAGCAGCGCUACCGCGGCGUACGCCAGCGCCACUGGGGCUCUUGGGUUUCAGAAAUCCGCCACCCUUUGCUAAAAACAAGAAUAUGGCUUGGGACAUUUGAGACAGCAGAGGAUGCAGCAAAGGCAUAUGAUGAGGCUGCAAGGAUCAUGUGUGGCUCCCGAUCUCGGACAAACUUCUCCUACGAUCCGUUAUCGUCUUCCUGGCCAUCGACGCAGCUUCUUUCACCCACUCUGAUGGCCAAGCUGCAGAAAUGCCACAUGACUUGUGUCUCAAAGGGCAAUAAACUAGCUGUGGACAAGCGAAUGGAGGCACAGAAAAUGAGUGGAAAUAAUGAAUUUCUGGGGAAAUCAGAGAAUGUGCAGGAAUUCAAAGCUGCUGCUGCUGCUGCUGAUGAUGAUGGCAUAGAGCAGAUGAUAAAUGAGUUGGUUGAUUAUGGUUCAAUUGAGCUUUGUUCCAAUUCAUCUAUUUCUCAACAAUAAUGAAAUACUACUAUAAAUCUGUUUCUUUAUUUUUCUUGUUUCAAACAGAGUCAAUAUUAAUUCACACUAAAA